UUCAUAAUUAUCUUUUGAAAAUAAAACUAUGAAAUGAAUUUCAGAUUAUUAUAUAUAACCUUUUCGAUCAUCAGCUUUGUCUUUCUUAGUUAUUGUUGUUCGUGCUUCGUUCUCCAUCAAAGACUUAGAUUAUGAAGUAUGCUAUGAAUCCUUUACCAGAAUCAAAAAGCAACAUUUUGCAAAUUAUAGGAAUUAGACGAAUAUUUAAAACUUCAAAGUUCGAACGAUGUGUGCGCGCGCGCGCGCAUGUAUUUGGGCCAAGUAACGUCGGUUCAUGAAUGGACCCAACUUUCAUUGACCAUAAAGAAGAUAAUAAGAGGGAGGUUGUUUCCUUUUUAGGGGGGAAAAAAUAAUUUCCGAAGAGGUUUCUUCAUUGAUUUGAUUUCUUCUCUCCGAAUCACAGAGCACCCAAAAAAACAAACACCAGAAACUCAUCAAAGAUAGUAACUUUUCUUCUUGUUUCCUCAUUUUCGAUUCUAUCUACUCAAUUUUCCUCUCCCUUUUCAGGAGUGCAGUUUGGGAAACUUUGAUUAAAUGAUAAUUAGUUGAGAAUAUAAGCAGUUGUUUCAAUUCUAUUAUACUCAGGAGUGCUUGGAUUGUUUAGUACAGUAUGGAGAUACAGACAAAUGGGAAACCAAUAGAUUCGCUGUUAGAGAAGGUCCUUUGUAUGAACAUACUAUCAUCAGAUUACUUCAAGGAGCUUUACCGAUUAAAGACAUACCAUGAAGUGAUAGAUGAAAUAUACAAUCAAGUUGACCAUGUUGAGCCAUGGAUGACUGGCAACUGUCGUGGUCCAUCUACUUCCUUUUGCCUUCUAUACAAGUUCUUCACCAUGAAACUCACUGUCAAACAAAUGCAUGGUUUGCUAAAGCACAAGGAUUCUCCUUAUAUCAGAGCGGUUGGGUUCCUCUACCUGAGAUAUGCUGGGGAUCCAAAGACACUGUGGAAUUGGUUUGAACCAUAUAUUAAAGACGAUGAGGAAUUUUCUCCAGGAACUAGUGGAAGGAAGACGACAAUGGGUGUAUAUGUGCGUGAUUUGCUUCUCGGACAGUACUACUUUGAUACCCUUUUCCCCCGUAUUCCUGUUCCUGUCAUGCGGCAGAUCACAUCGAAUCUGGAGAAGUUGAAGCUACCAACAAAAAUCUCUGGUUCGACAGGGGAUGGAAACCGUCAUGGAUCUGAUGAUACAGCACGCCGGCCACCAUCUGUGAAGGCAGCACUUUCAGUCUCUUUUGGUCAGCGUGCUCCUCAUCGUGCAUCAACCAGGGAUUCGUCUCCUGUUUGUCGCACAAUACCUCCACCCUCCUAUGACAGAACCAGUGAUGAUUCACGAAGUCAACUCGGCCAGAGUCGUGAAUAUUCUGAUAAAGAAUAUUCAGAUCAGGAUCGUGAUAGGGGUAGGGAAAGGGACCGAGACCAUGAUCGGGAUAGGGACAGGGACAGGGUUCGGGAUAGGGAUCAAGAGAGAGAAAGGGACCGGGAUCGUGAAAGGGAUUGGGAUUGGGAUCAGAGUCGGGACAGAGACAGGGAUUGGGAAAGGGAUAGAGACAGAAGGUAUGAUUAUGAUAGAAGUUCCAGGUACACUGAUAGGGAAAGCAGAAGGGAUUCUGAACAGAGCAGCCGUGACAGAAGUAGGCAUUAUAGAGAAAGUAGUUCUUAUAGAAGCCGCAGUCGAAGCAGGAGUUGCAGCAGGAGCAGGAGCCGAAGCUCACAAGCUGGCGCAUCACCAUUUGAUCGCCAUCCAACUCCUCAAAGGGAUGGAAACAAGGAUAAGACAUCUGCGCCUAGCAAUCUGGCUAAGCUCAAAGAUCUUUAUGGUGAUCUUAGCGAUCAGAAAGGGAAUGCUGGCCUGGAAAGGGUUCCUCGGAGGGAUAAUGAUGGUGAAGAGGUUUUUAGACUCGGUGGUUCCACUUGGAGGUAGGUAGUUCAAUCUUCAAACAGUAGCUUCAGUGGCUGUCACAUCAGCUGUAUCAAUGAGGUCUUCAGCCAGGCCAAAUAUCUGUUUGAUUCAAGAAAAUGGUCGCCAUUAUAAACUUCCCCUCCUUUCUCUAGUCAUAGUUCCAGAUUUCCGCAAAAGAUAUUCAUGGAAGCACUUGAGUGCGUGUUGUUGAGCUGUAGGGCUGCGUGCACAUUAGCCCCAACCUAUCUUUUAAGUUUAAUGUGUACAAUUGUUUCAGAAGAACUCGGAUAAUUUCCAAUUUAACUUGUUACAUUAAAUACGGAAGAGAACAUUCUUGGUCA